AUGACGAGCUUCCAAAGCGCUUUGCUGUGCAUCUUCCUCAGCUUGACCUUUGGUCAUGUCGAGGCAUUCUGGCGCAUGCGAUGUGGUACCGUUCAAGUUGGACGAGUUGAUCCCAUUGUUUCACCCGGUGGUGUUGCAGGUCACUGCCACACCAUCGCUGGACCUAACAAUAUCAACACUACGUCAACGUUCGACGACCUGCAGGCCGCCUUCUGUACCUCUUGUGAGGUUCAAGCAGACAAGAGCGCAUACUGGACUCCUAAUCUGUACUACCGGUUCACCAAUGGCACUUUCGCAGAAGUGCCUCACGAUGGCACGGUCGCUUAUUACUUGGAUCGUGGGGUGGAUGUGCCAAAUAUGAAACCGUUCCCACCUGGAUUCCGAAUGCUUUCUGGGGAUGCAGCGGCCAGAGCCUUCGAUCCCAACACUCUCACCUGGGGCAACAAGACUUUCGGUCCGACUCCAAUCUCGAACAGAGCCAGCUUCGCGUGUCUAGACAGCAGUGGUCCAAUCCCUGAGACUCCAGGCCUCAAUAUCACCUCGUGCGACAGUGGUCUACGGGCGCAGAUCCAUUUCCAGAGUUGCUGGGAUGGCGUCAAUCUGUACAAAUCGGACCAGAGCCAUGUCGCUUAUCUCUCCGGUAUGGACAAUGGUGUCUGUCCUCCCGGCUACCCUAUCCUUCUACCUCAUAUCUUCUUGGAGAUCAUCUACUUCCCCAAUGCCGUCGCCACAAAGGGUGAUGGAGGCAUGUUCGUCUUCUCUCAGGGUGAUACCACGGGUUAUGGCUUCCACGGCGAUUUCCUGAACGGGUGGGACCCUCAGGUUCAGAUCGACUCCAUCAAGCAAUGUAUGGGGGUCAACGCCACCAACAACGGCGCCAUUGGAGCCUGUCCGCCUCUCGCUGCGUCCGAGGACCCUUACUUCAAUCAGAAUUGUCCUGAGCAACCGCCCGUGGUGAACGAGAGGGUGCACGGCUUGAUCCCCCUCCUGCCAGGGUGCAACCCUCCCACCGGCGGUCCUCUACGUGCCGCUCAAAACAUCUGCCCUAUCCAGCCGGCCGUCAACGUCAUCGACAACCAGGACUACAAGAACCGAUCGGUCGCGGCGGUUGGCCAACAGGUCGGCAGUUGGCAGUACAUGGGGUGCGCGUUUGACAAUUCCACGCCUCGCCCACUGGCCGGGAAAUAUUACUACAACGUGACCGGCAUGACUAUUGAAACAUGCACCGCGUACUGCAAGCAGAACGGGUACGCCAUGGCUGGAAUGGAGACAUCAUCACAGUGUUACUGCGGAAGUGCCUUGAGCCAGCUCAUUCAAAACCCAUUGACCUGCGCGGCGCAGAACUACUUUGUCUGUUCUGGCAACCUGUUCGAGUUUUGCGGUGGGCAACAGCUGAUGCAAAUCUGGAGCGACACCACUUACACCGGACCAACACUCAAGGGUCUUCCUGUCGCGGGACAGUCCAAAUUACCCUUGCGCGAUGGCAGCACCGCGACGUAUCAAGGUUGUUACACAGAGGGUGUCGGUGCAAGGGCGCUCCCUGGGUCGAGCUACUCCAAUAGCACUGGCAUGUCGCUUGAGAAUUGCGCUGCCUUUUGUACAAAGGGCAACUACGCACUGUUCGGCACUGAAUAUGCCCAAGAAUGCUAUUGCGGCAACAGUAUUUCGACCUCCCAAGUCCUCCAGAACAAUUGCUCGGCCAUCUGCACGGGCGACAACACGGAGUUCUGUGGCGGCAACUCGAGGCUUUCGGUCUGGGCUCUGUCCAACUACGUCCCUCCCCCGACGUCGAGCGGCGGCUCGUCCUCGCCGACGUCGUCGCCGUCUCCGUCCCCCCGGGCCACGGGCAUCACGUACCUGAACUGCGUGAGCGAGACGUCCCCCAACCGGGCCCUCAACGCGAGCUACACGUCGGGGGGCAGCAUGACCGUCGACCAGUGCGCCUUCACGGCCCAGGCCCUGAACCUGGCCUACUUUGGGCUGGAGUACGCGAGCCAGUGCGUGGCGGGCAACGUGCUGAACGCCGCCUCGACCGCCCUCGACCCGAGCAAGUGCGGCAUGAAGUGCGCCGGCAACGCCACCCAGACGUGCGGCGGGUCCAACGCCAUCUCGCUGUACAACAACACGCUGUACGUCAGGGCCGCGAACCCGAACCCGGUCAACGUGCCCAACCAGCCGGGGACCCAGUACGGGUACGUGGGCUGCUACGGCGAGCCGGCCGGCGCCCGGGCGCUGGGCCCCAACGCCCAGUUCGGCAGCACGCAGACCACCCUGGCCACCCUGACCGUCGAGGCCUGCGCCGCCUACUGCUUCGGCAAGGGCUACCCCUGGAUGGGCGUCGAGAACGCGAACCAGUGCUUCUGCAACGGCGCGGGCGUCAUCAACGGCGCCGUGCUGUCGCCCGGCGGCGACGCCGAUUGCAGCACGGGAUGUCAGGGCGACCCCAAGGAGAACUGUGGCGGCAACUCAAAGAUCAACAUCUACCAGUUGAAGAGUGGCAGUAAGAGGAGAGCGAGAAGGACAUGGUAG